CUAUGGGUGGGCUUGAAAUCGCCAACGACCUCGAGCAAGGCCCUCCCAAGAGUGGAAAUCGUAAUCAACGUCAAUAUGAGAUGCGAAACGUCCCUCAGAGCGAAUAUCACGAGAGAUUUGUGGAGGUUAACUUGCAGUAUCGGCCAUGGCUAGACAUCCUUCAUCAGUUCAUGUCUCCCAACCCGGAGGAAUUUGAAGUUAAUCCGCAGCGUCGCAUGCUGCAUUUCGACAUCAAAGUUAUCCACGUUUCGACAUCUGGAAAUAUCGAAUCACUAAUCCACUGCCUUACUCCAACAAAGUUCAAGGAUGCAAUCAGCGGAGAAGAAGGAAAAGAACGAAGCGGCACUCUCAUUAUCGCCAAGGACCUUUCACGGGCAAUGAUUGAUUUGCUAGGCAUGGAGUAUGAGCUUGAGCCAGAGUUUUUUGCUAGUCACUUGGAAGGGACAGAAUCUUUUCGCAUGGGCCGUUGGGAAUCCCCAACUUUGCGGCCUCCUGCCCGAGCACCAAUCCUUCUGCCGGAUUACCUUAGAAAGGCUCCCUUCUACACAGUUCAAUAUUGGCGACCGUACCAAAUUAAGGACGGAAAAGAGGAAGUCUUGAAGCUAAGGUCAAGUGAAACUAACACUGGAAGAGGCGCACAUGUCCUCAAGGACGACUUACCAGACAUAUUUGUCUCCGAAAAAAUCUCGGCAUACAAAAAGCCGGGCUCGAAUAUUGGAAUCAUUCUUACCGAUCAUCUCCUUUCAAAAGUUCUACCCGCCUCCUACAUUCGAAGCCCAAUCACGAUUCUUGAUGACGAUCGUAGCUCCCUAGGCAAUGACGGCCGAAGAUACCAAGUUUCAUCUCGAAGAGAGCUCAUCGGAUGGCUCCAGCAACUUACGCCUGAGGAAAGGAAAGAUCUUUUCAACUGUCAUGAACCGCUAGCUCUCCGACCCACCCUAAAAAUGGUUGAAAGAACAAGCGCUAUGUUCUUAGUACAUGCUCGAUACAUCAUGCGUCGUAUGUUGAACCGCAUCUGCGACGAUAAAUUCCCCAAUAGCAUCCCUUUCUUCCUUUCCAUUUCCCGUGCCCUGCAUCGGCAUAUCCUCGACCAGCAGAAGCUCCUGCUGUAUGCACUACGUGUUGCAUCUCUCAGAGGCGGUGGGAAUAUUGCAGAGCAGAUAGAGGAUUUUGAUUUCCUGGUGGAGGAAAUGGAUAGGGCGUUGAAGGCUUUGGAGGAGGAUGUGCGUUUUCUAGUUUCGGCAGCGUCUAUAAGAGAGGGGAAGAUCGUAGGCUGGGUGUCAAAGGUUGCUGCUCUUUUCUUGCCAUUAUCAUUGCUGGCUACGCUAUUAACUAUUAGUGAUCCGGGAUAUACUAGGUGGGCCAUUUUGGGCGGUCUAGGUGUCCCGUUUGUAUUAAUAUCGAUCUUUUUUAUGUUCUUUUGGAAGCCGCCUCAUAUAAAUACUCUUAGGUAUUAAUUCC